GUUCUACAAUACUAAGCCAAGUCGCGUGUAAUUUUUUGAAAAGAUGACUUUUGACAUUAUUGACAUUACACCCGAAAAGGAUGGCCUCAAGUCGAGAAUCAAAAAAUGGCCAUGGUAUGGUGCUCCAAUCUUUGCCAGCAUUUGUUUUGCUCUCUUCUAUGCGGCAGUUGUUCCCAGCUUCUAUUCGUAUCCCACCAUGUUGUAUACGAGUAAUGAGGACCAGCAUGUGGAUGAGUUUAUUGGCGAAAGAGCUAUGAGCCAAUUGGCAGAAUAUUCAGCCAUUGGCAAUAAGAUGACUGGUUCGAUUGCCAAUGAAGUGUACACGGUGAACUUUUUGCUACGCGAACUUGGGGCAAUUGUGGCAGAUGCUCGCACUGAUCUGUACGAUAUCGAGGUGGAAAUGCAAUAUUCUUCAGGCUCAUUUUUCCUCUGGAGCAUGGCCAUGAGCUAUUCGAAUCUCUCAAAUGUUGUGGUGAAAAUCACUCAAAAAACCAAUCCAAAUGACAAUUAUUUGCUUGUGAAUUCCCAUUACGAUUCGGAGGUGACUACACCGGGAGCUGCGGAUGAUGGUGUCAUGGUGGUUAUUAUGCUGGAGACUCUGCGAGUGAUAUCCAAAUCGGAAAAACCUCUUGCACAUCCCGUUGUAUUUCUCUUCAAUGGUGCAGAAGAGGCCAAUAUGUUGGGCUCACAUGGUUUUAUCACUCAACACAGAUGGGCUCCCAAUUGCAAAGCCCUUGUGAACUUGGAUUCAACUGGUGCUGGUGGACGUGAGGUUCUUUUCCAAACUGGACCCCAUCAUCCUUGGCUGGCCAAGUACUAUAAGGCCAGUGCAAAGCAUCCCUUUGGCACUACUGUGGCUGAGGAGCUAUUCCAGAAUAAUUUCAUACCCUCCGACACGGACUUUCGCAUCUUUCGCGAUUAUGGCAAUGUGCCUGGUCUGGAUAUGGCCCAUGUGGUAAAUGGUUAUGUCUAUCACACGAAAUAUGAUAAUUUCAAAAACUUGGAACGAGGCACAUAUCAAACGACUGGCGAUAAUGUCUUGGCUUUGGUGUGGGCUUUGGCCAAUGCCCCAGAACUGGAUGAUACUACAGCCCAUGAAGAGGGUCAUAUGGUUUACUAUGAUUUUGUUGGUUGGUUUAUGGUUGCCUACACCGAAUCGGCAAGUGUGGCCAUCAAUAUUGUUGUCUCCAUUUGUGCUCUGAUCGCCAUUGGCAUUUCCCUGUUCAUGAUGACCAGAGAUAAUGCUGCCGAUGCCCCAAAAGCUUUAUUCGUACGAUUUGGUGUGAUCUUCCUAGUACAACUAUUGACAAUUGGAGUGGCUUGUGGACUUACUAUCCUAGUGGCUGUCUUUAUGCAGGGAGUGGGUCUUGCUGAGAGUUGGUACUAUCAGAUAUGGAUGACCUUUGGCUUGUAUUUCUGUACUCUGUUCUUUGUCAUGGGUCUGUUGCCGGCAUUUUAUAUUGGCUGGACAAAGGGCAAAACAAAUUUAAAAUUGGAUCAACUGAUUGCCUGUUUCAUGCAUGCCCAUUGUGUGAUUAUGGUUUUGAUUUGCAUAAUUGCCACCAGUCUGGGUGUGCGUUCCGCAUUUCUACCCAUGAUUGGCAUAUUCUUUUACACGAUAUCGAUAAUUAUUCAGGUUAUAUUGAAAUUGACCGUGAAAAAGAGUUAUUUUGUCACCGUUAAUUUGAUAUGCCAGAUAUUGCCAUACAUAUACUAUACCUACACAUGCUAUGUGGUUUUGGUGGUCUUUGUUCCUAUGCAGGGCAGAGAUGGUCCCGAUAGUUCACCGGAUUUGCAAAUAUCUCUCUUUAUAAUACUCAUGACUUUGCAUUUUGCUGGAUUUACGAUUCCCGUGAUGCACAAGUUUAGAAAAUCAAAGACUGCCUUUUCGAUGUUUGGUGUAUUGACUAUUAUAUUUAUUAUAUUAGCAGCGACACCAGCUGGUUUCCCCUUCAAAAAGGAUGUGGCAGCUCAGCGUUAUUAUGUUUUGCACACUGAACGCGUGUUCCAUACUUUGAACAAUGGAACCACAACGGAUUCUGGCUUCUAUAUACAACCAGUAGAAAGACGACUUCAUGAGCUAGACGACACUACUUUAAAAGCUGCUCGUCCCAAAGGCUGGAUCGAUGAGUAUUGCCAAUCUGAACCCUUCUGUGGUUUACCUCUAUAUAGCGGUCGCUGGUUGGAUUGGAAGGACUCUGCCCAUUGGAUCGACUCAUCGGCACCAGAGUUUCCCAUAGCCAUAGAUCUUACAGUGGCAAAAAAUCUUAAUGUUCAAAAUCAAAUAGGCUAUAAUUUCACUUUAAAGGCAAGUGAUCGUGUUAUGAUCUUUAUACAACCGACUGAUGGUGUUAAAGUUGUUGAUUGGUCCUUUGAUCGAACACCUCUGGAUGAAGGACACGAACCACCCUAUUUUAUGUAUCAUUGUUAUGCCUUUGUCGAAGAACCCUUGGAGUUUUGGGUCCAAUUGGAUUAUUCAGAGGCGAAUGUAGCGGAAGGUGAAGCCUAUUUCAAGAUGGUGGUAUCCGAACAUUUUCUAUAUCACAAGGAUAACUAUACAACAGACUUUAGAGAAUUCUUGGAUACUUUUCCCGAUUGGACUUAUACCACAGAUUGGUUUACAUCCUAUCACAGUUGGGAGCUUUGAAUACGAUUUGUGAAUACUUAAUAAAUAAUUU